AUGGGAAGCUUUCUUGCUAAAGAAAGAAUGAAUAAAAAUAAUAAACCACCACCGAGUACAACUGAUGCGAAUAAAGAACAAUUCCGUUAUAUUGAAGGCAGAAGGUUUAAUAAUGUUCAAAGUUCAAAAUAUGUACUUCCAAAUGAUGAUGAAGAAUGCGAUAGGUUACAUAUGCAACACUUUUUGAUGAGAUACGCUUGGCAGGGUAACUUUGCUUCUCCCGUUGAACACAUUUUGAACGGCGAUGAUUCUAAAGUUCUUGAUGUUGGAUGUGGUGCUGGUUCUUGGUCAUUUGAAAUAGCAACCACUUAUCCGAAAGCUAAAAUCACCGGCGUAGAUAUCUCACCCGUUCAACCUUCAAUAAUUAAGCCAAAAAACGUUACCUUUAUACAAGCAGACAUUCUUGAAGGGUUAUCAUUUGCCGAUGAAACUUUUGAUUUUGUAUUCCAACGUUUCUUAACUGGCUCAAUUCCAAAGGACAAGUGGCUGUCUGUUAUCAAGGAAUUAACCAGAAUGUUAAAACCCGGUGGAUAUCUGGAGCUGGUGGAAUUUAACGUAUUAUCUGAAAGAUUAGGCCCAACUUCAUUAAAAAUUGCGAAUGCUUUGUACGACUUAUGCGAACAACGAAAUCUGGAAACUAAAAUGGUCCCAAAAUUAAAAUCAUAUGUUGAGAAAGAAGGAAAAUUUGAAGAUAUUAAAGAAGAAAUUAAACUUAUAUAUGGAGGCAAAGCAGAAGGUAAACUUGGUAUAGCGUAUAAUGACGAUAUGAUGGGUCUUUACGAAAAUACGAGAGUCUUAAUGGUUCCAUUUAUGCAAAUUUCUAAUCAAGAAUAUGAUCAAAUGUUAAAAAUCAUAAAAGAAGAAUGGUUAGAACUAAAUUCCUACACGCGUUUCAUUCGAGUAUAUGCUAGGAAAAUCUAA